GGUGAUUUGAGCGUAGCAGCUCGGAAAGAAUAUCUCUCAGCUUUGCGAUGCUUGAAGAACAGGCCAGGAAAGACAAGCACCUCAGCUUAUCCGGGAGCCCGUGGGCGCUGGGAUGACCUCGCCGUUGCUCACCUGAUUAAUGUUCAAUCUAUCCACCGCUCUCCAUUGCUAGCGGUCUGGCACAGACACUACAUAUGGCAACUCGAGCGUGCGCUGCGAGAGGAAUGCGGCUACGAAGGAGGUCUACCUUACUGGCAUUGGUCCAAGUACCUCGACAGACCCAUCAACACCUGGCCACUGUUCGAUAACUCUGAGACUUCAAUUUCUGGAAAUGGCACACAGACAGGACCGAGGUGUGCUUGUGUCAUGAGUGGCCCUAUGGCAUCGUGGACUAUCAAUCUGGGGCCUCAAGGAUUUGAUUCGUGGGGAUGCAAACGGAAUCCACGCUCUGACGGCCUUGGAUACAACCCGUCCUGCAUUGAACGAACUUUCAAUCUCCGAGCUCUUGACAGUGUACAAUACGACCAAGUCCUACGGCUUGACCUGACCAUGUCACCAGAUGUAAACAGAUUCGCGCAACUGAUCGAGCUCGAGUCGCCAUCCGUCCACAAUGCUCCUCAUCUCUUCAUGGGUGGUUCACAGAGCGACGUGACAUUCUCUUCCCAGGACCCUUGGUUCAACUUCCACCACGGCAUGUUAGAUUUCGUUUUCUCGGUAUGGCAGAGCCUCGACUGGAACGCGAGGACUACAUCAUUGCCAGAAGUUCGUUUUCUAGGGAAUAUGCCAACACCAUACGCGGAUCUGAAUACCAUCAUUAAUCUCUCUCCGGUCUUUGCAAACAUCACCGUUAGACAAGCCAUGUGGCCGAACAAGAACAACUACUGUUACAGAUACGAAUGA